AUGACCACUUGGUACCAGCAGUGGAAUGGUAUUGUACCUCGAAAGGUUUGCCUUUUAAGGUUCUUCAAUUUAGACAAUGCCCCUGGUCAUCCUUCAAAUUUGAGCAAUAUGCAUCCUUAUGUGAAGGUGGUGUACCUUCCACUGAAUACAAUGUCGCUCAUACAGCUGAUGGACCAGGGAGUGAUCGCUAACUUCAAGGCAUACUACCAUAGAAGGACAAUACGCUCUGCUUUGAGUGCUAUCGAAGGUAACAAGGAGUUGACUUUGAAGCAGUUUUGGAAGGGCUGCAUCAUCACAGAUGCAAGUGCUUGGGAGGGGGUGAAGACAACCACUUUGUGCACAGUUUUGAAGGAUUUGACCAGGCAGAAGAUGUCGAGACAGAUGAGGAAAAUCCUAGGGCUAAGCAAGAGGCUGAAACUAGAUUUGGAAGAUGAGGAUGUCACAGAGCUGCUGACAUGCCAUGGAGAAGGGUUGUCAUCAGAGGACCUCAUUGAGCUGGAGCAGCAAAUGAUUGAGGAAGACUUAGAGGUACCAGACCCAAAACCCAGGGCAUUAACUAUCAAAGGCUUGUCAGAGAGUUUUACUCAUCUGGAGAGAGCUUUGGUUUCUUUUCAGGGAGAAGACCCUAACAUUGGUAGGUUUGACAGGAUUUUGAGAUGGAUCCUGAAUUUGAAGAAGAAGCCCAAUCCAGAUCCCCCUGGACCUGAACCCUCUGUAGCAGCCAUCCAGCUUCCAGUAGAACCCUUUGAUAGUGAUGAUGACCCAGAUGACCCUGAGCCUAUUUAUCAGACUCAUAAGCACCUGCAGAUUCCACUCCAUAACCCAGUUAUUCUCAUCUACACAUACCAAAUGCCCAUCCCAGUAAGCAACGCCAACCACUAG